AGGGCAAAUUAAGUAAACAAAAUACAACAAAACAUUUGACUACGUACUAAACACCAGUACCAACUGCGUAUAUAAACUUUGAAUAAACUAUAAAUCACAUCAUUAAUCCCUUCUCAUACACAUAAUAAAGUUGUGAAUUUCCUUUGCGACACAUGGAUGACGAGUUGGAGGAUAAAGUCUUCUAUCAAGCUUACGUUUCCCACAUGAAGAUUUUAUCAAAAUUCGCUGUGGGCUUUUCGUCCAUCAAUUCGCCAUUGGCGUACAUUUGGAAACUAUGUCGCCUUUAUGUACUACGCCCUGAAGUCAUAUUUUUCGGUGUGAUUCUAUUCAUUUUCUUAAUCUACUUGCAAGCCGUGGAUGCCUGGAGUCGUGGCAUUUUGGGGCGUAUACAGACGACACUUGGCCGUCAGAGGACGAAUCGCAUGAAAAUGACGAGUGAAGCUAGCGGUCAUGGUGAUUAUCAGUCUUGGGAAGAGGUGCGUCAACAGAGUGCCGUCUAUGCUUUGCUGGGACGACGACCACGCAUGGAAGACAGAUACAUUAUCGAAGAGAAUAUCAAUAAUGAUACAGGUAUCUCAUUGUUUGCCAUUUUCGAUGGACAUGGCGGUGAAUUCGCUGUGGAUUUUGCCAAAGAUAUUUUAGUCAAAAAUAUUUAUAAUAAAAUUAUUGCAACAACAAAAUUGCUCGGAAAUCAGCAACACCUCUCCUCCAACAACAACAAUGCAGCAACCGAUGCCGAUUACGUAGAUUAUGACGCGAGUCCAUAUCUAAAGAGGAGGGCGAGCCGCAAAGAUGAUAGCAAUAAGGAGAACAACGAACCGUCGGUACGACGCCGUGACAGUUUGCGCAAGGCACACAGCACCGCAGACGAUUGCAAGGCCUCAUCGGGUGGUAAAAAACCAAAGGACACCGAUGUAUUUACUUCCAAAUUAAAUUCUCUAAUGCGCGGCAGCAAUGCGGCGAAGGAUGCCCUCUUCGGUGGCGGCAGUGGCAAAGAUGCUGGCAGCGAUGGUGGCAAAAAGAAUGGACCACCACAAAAUUUCGACGCCAAGUGUUACAUAGAGAAUGGCAAAAUUAAUUACGGCAAAUUAAUUACAGACGAAGUGCUCGCAGCCGAUUAUAAAUUGGUUGAGGCAGCCAAAAAGACAACCAACAUAGCCGGCACUACAGCGCUAAUUGCCGUCAUUGAAGGCACCAAACUGACCGUGGCUAAUGUGGGCGAUUCACGUGGCGUUAUGUGUGAUGCGCGUGGCAUAGCAAUACCGUUGUCAUUCGAUCACAAGCCGCAGCAGGUGCGUGAACGCAAACGCAUUCAUGAUGCUGGCGGCUUUAUAGCAUUUCGCGGCGUUUGGCGUGUAGCCGGUAUAUUGGCAACAUCGCGUGCGCUUGGCGAUUAUCCAUUGAAGGACAAGAAUCUAGUCAUAGCUAAUCCAGAUAUACUAACUUUUGAAUUGAACGAUCACAAACCCGCAUUUCUCAUACUCGCCUCAGAUGGCCUAUGGGACACCUUCAAUAAUGAGGAGGCUUGCACUUUUAUCAAAAAGCAUUUGCAUGAAGCUGACUAUGGCGCCAAAGCGUUAACCAUGGAAUCGUAUCAGCGUGGCUCAGUGGAUAAUAUUACUGUGUUGUUGGUAGUUUUUCGCAAUGGUAAUUAUCGCAUUAGCUCGGCCACCACAUCUACUAACGGUAACGGCGACGGUAGCAGUGCAUCUGCAUCGAAAACCGCAAAUAAUGCGACUGCAACGAAUAAAUUUCCCACAGCCAAUAAUGCUGCGAAAUUUCCCGUGACAAAUUUAAUUCGCUCGAAUAGUGGCGUUGGUACGAAAUAAAUUUUGGUCAACUGCGUAUGUGCAUACAAAUAUGUAUGUAUGUAUGUAUAUGCAUAUGGGCGUACAUAUGUAUACAUACACAAAUGUGCUUAUGUUUGCAUGUACUAUCUGAUGAGCGUCAUCAAAAGGAUUGAUUUGAGUCUCGCCGUCGCCAAGUGCCCCCAGCAUUAGUAAAUUUUCUAAAACGAAACAAGAACAAACAAUUUGAAAAAGGGGAAAAAUACGUAUUUAAAAACUAUUUAUGUGCCCUCUUAUUAGCUGCUAAGCAUUUCAUUCUAAAUCAAAGCAAAUUUAUCGAAAAAAAAAUGCAUACAAUUUUGCAGUAUGCUUAUAUAAAUUUAAGUCGAUGUACACAUAUUAUAAAAAUCGCAUACCAUAUGACUUUUUACUUGCGUAACAGCAACGAAGCAAAAAGUGCGCUUGGAAAUUUUGAUAUUUUUCGAUGUGUAAAAGUACUUUUUGUCGUCUAACACAACAAAAAGGCACUAAGUGAAAUUUUUAAGUUUUAUGGAAAAGCACCUUUCGUCGGUCGACACUGCAAAAGGUACUAAGUGAAUUUUUUAGUCUUUUUAGGAAAAAAAUCGGGUUAUUUGUAUGAAAUGCAUUAAUUGGGCUUUAAAAAAAGAAAAAACAAGAAAAAAGCUUACAAAUAUCGUGGAUCUUUUAACUCAGCUGUGAAUGUGUUAAGCUACGACGACUCAGUUUUCGGUUCAGUGUGUUGCUUAAACUUACUUCACUCGCACUAAAAAUUUAAUCUGAGCUUAACCCAUUGAAUUUUGAAAUGUUUACGAUGAAAUUUUAUGCACGACCUCUAGCGUUAAGCCAUAAUGAUUAUAAAAUAAUUGCAGCUCUCAUAUCUUUGAACUGCUUAGAUAUAAUUUCGCCUUGUAUUGGUCCAUUGGUCCGUUGUGUGUACUCAUUUAAAAAUUAAAUGGUCUAAAUUGCCUAUAAAUUGAUAUACAUUUAUGUACCUAUGUCUGCUUUUUUCACUUCAUUGACAUGCUUUUGUCCCAUUCAUGGAAUGGCUUAUUAAUAUAUAUAUUUUUUUCAAUCAAUGAAUCUAUUAAAAUGCAUAAAAGGCAUGUUUCCCUCAUUUUUUCGAGAAAUCAAACUAAUUUUGUGUCUUCCUUAAAAAUUAUUUGUCCUCCUUAGCCAUUUUUCAAGUUGGCCAGCCUAAAUAAUCUGACCUUUGCAGCACCAAUUGAAACAAUUAACCAUUAUUUCGCGAAUUUUUCCCCCCCUGAGCUUUGCGACGUGCGUGCUACCUGUCCAUAUUUUGAUCCGAAAGGUAACAUUUCACGAAGUGUGCUUUGGGUCUGGGCUUUCUGACUGGGAUGCCUUUUUUUGGAGCAAGCAAACAUUUUUUGCGUUAGUCAACAUUUACAGUUUCGCGUUCUGAUGACACUACACAAAUAGCUCCCUCACUUUUUGGAGUACACCUCUUUUUUUUUUGCCCAUUUUAAAGACUAAAAUGUAUCAAAAUUAUUACAAGCUGUUCGAAGUAUACUUAUUCUAUCGCUUACACCAAGA